GCCGCCCGCCGCUGCUCUCGCCACACUCGUCUCCGGCAGUGCAGGCGGCAGCAUGUCUGGCAGAGGCAAGGGCGGGAAGGGGCUCGGCAAGGGGGGCGCCAAGCGGCACCGCAAAGUGUUGCGCGACAACAUCCAGGGCAUCACCAAGCCGGCCAUCCGGCGCCUGGCUCGGCGCGGCGGCGUGAAGCGCAUCUCGGGGCUCAUCUAUGAGGAGACGCGCGGCGUGCUGAAGGUGUUCCUGGAGAACGUGAUCCGCGACGCCGUCACCUACACGGAGCACGCCAAGCGCAAGACGGUCACGGCCAUGGACGUGGUGUACGCCCUCAAGCGCCAGGGACGGAGAAGCCCUAGUGCACUCCGAGCUAUGGCACGUACGAAGCAGACAGCGCGGAAGUCGACGGGCGGGAAGGCGCCGCGCAAGCAGCUGGCCACCAAGGCGGCCCGCAAGAGCGCGCCGGCCACGGGCGGCGUGAAGAAGCCGCACCGCUACCGGCCCGGCACGGUGGCGCUGCGCGAGAUCCGGCGCUACCAGAAGUCGACGGAGCUGCUGAUCCGCAAGCUGCCCUUCCAGCGCCUGGUGCGCGAGAUCGCGCAGGACUUCAAGACGGACCUGCGCUUCCAGAGCUCGGCCGUCAUGGCGCUGCAGGAGGCGAGCGAGGCCUACCUGGUGGGGCUCUUCGAGGACACCAACCUGUGCGCCAUCCACGCCAAGCGCUGCUUGGGGGUCGUGAUGUCUGGCAGAGGCAAGGGCGGGAAGGGGCUCGGCAAGGGGGGCGCCAAGCGGCACCGCAAAGUGUUGCGCGACAACAUCCAGGGCAUCACCAAGCCGGCCAUCCGGCGCCUGGCUCGGCGCGGCGGCGUGAAGCGCAUCUCGGGGCUCAUCUACGAGGAGACGCGCGGCGUGCUGAAGGUGUUCCUGGAGAACGUGAUCCGCGACGCCGUCACCUACACGGAGCACGCCAAGCGCAAGACGGUCACGGCCAUGGACGUGGUGUACGCCCUCAAGCGCCAGGGACGCACCCUCUACGGCUUCGGCGGCUAAAGCGUUAGUUUAGUUUUCUCUGCGCCCUAUCUCGAUAACCAACCCAAAGGCUCUUUUAAGAGCCACCCACUUUCUCUUCAGAAGGAGCUGUGUCGCGCCGCCAGUUUCGGCCAUGCUGAGCAAGCCUCGCUUUCGGUUUCACGUUAAGCCCUUCCCUGCCUCCGUCGGCUCCCCACCC